AUGGACUUCGACGAUCGACCAAAGUUGUCCGUGGAAGCGGAGAAGGAAGUGACGCGGCUAUGGAGGACAUGGCGGACUGUCCUCGAGAUGCUGGUGGACAGAGGAUAUGCGAUUGCACAGAAUGAACUCACCAUCACCCGCGACGACUUUCAGAGAAAAUUUGGAGACCCGUCGACCGGACAUGCCGAGCGGAGACUCAUGAAACUCCAAGCUGUUCCUACCGAAGACAUGAUCAAGCGCGACACCCCCAGACCGACCAAAAGCAACCCGAACCCCCAGACCACUGCUGGCACCAUCUGGGUCGAGUUUAGCCCAGAAACCACCAUCGGAAUCAAACACCUGCGAGCAUUCGCGCAACAUCUCGACGCCAACAAGUUCACCACCGGCAUCUUCAUCACCAUCGGUCCGGUCACGGCCGCGGCCCUUCGCGCCUUCGAACCUCUGACCGAGCGAGGAAUCACCGCCGAAUGGUUCCAGGAGCAAGAUUUGCUGGUCAACAUCACCAGGCACGAAUUGGUCCCGAAGCACGUGCUUCUCAGUGCCGAAGAGAAGAAGGUCUUGCUUGACAGGUACCGGUUGAAAGAGACGCAGCUGCCGCGAAUCCAGUUCAACGAUCCGGUCGCCAAAUACCUGGGACUGAAACGAGGCAACGUCGUCAAAAUCAUUCGGAAGAGUGAGACGGCCGGUCGAUACGCCAGUUAUCGGUGGGUGUUUUAA